AUGGCGCAGCUCGACACUCUGGAUGUGGUUGUCCUGGCGGUGCUCUUGGCCGGUAGCAUUGCCUACUUCACCAAGGGUACCCUCUGGGCAGUCGCCAAAGAUCCUUAUGCAUCUUCGGGCACUGCAAUGAACGGCGCCGCUAAGGCAGGCAAAUCUAGAAACAUUAUCGAGAAGAUGGAUGAAACCGGCAAGAAUUGCGUUAUUUUCUAUGGAUCGCAAACUGGAACGGCAGAGGACUACGCUUCAAGGCUCGCAAAGGAAGGGUCCCAGAGAUUCGGCCUAAAGACUAUGGUGGCUGAUCUGGAGGAGUACGACUUUGAGAACUUGGACAAAUUCCCCGAAGACAAGGUUGCGUUUUUCGUUCUGGCUACAUACGGAGAGGGUGAGCCCACCGAUAACGCUGUCGAAUUCUACCAGUUCUUCACCGGCGAGGAUGUGAGUUUCGAGGACGGCGCUUCCGCCGAAGAUAAGCCUCUCUCGUCCCUCAAGUACGUCACCUUCGGGCUGGGCAACAAUACAUACGAGCACUACAACGCCAUGGUCCGCCAGGUGGACGCCGCGCUUACGAAACUCGGUGCGCAAAGGAUUGGAUCCGCUGGUGAAGGUGAUGACGGUGCUGGUACAAUGGAAGAGGACUUUCUGGCCUGGAAGGAACCCAUGUGGGCUGCUCUUUCGGAAGCCAUGGGACUGCAGGAACGCGAAUCUUCCUAUGAACCCGUCUUCAGCGUUGUGGAAGAUGAAUCUCUGUCACCCGAAGAUGACUCGGUCUAUCUCGGUGAGCCCACCAAGGGCCACCUUGAGGGCCAGGCCAAGGGUCCUUACUCCGCACACAACCCGUUCAUCGCUCCUAUUGUCGAAUCUCGUGAGCUGUUCACUGUUAAGGACCGCAACUGUCUGCACAUGGAAAUCAGCAUCGCUGGAAGUAAUCUCACUUACCAAACUGGUGAUCACAUUGCAGUCUGGCCCACCAACGCUGGCGCGGAAGUGGAUCGGUUCCUGCAAGUCUUCGGUCUGGAGGAGAAACGCCACUCUGUCAUCAACAUCAAGGGUAUUGAUGUGACUGCCAAGGUCCCGAUUCCGACACCAACCACCUAUGAUGCCGCCGUCCGCUACUACAUGGAAGUUUGCGCCCCUGUUUCCCGUCAAUUCGUCUCCACCCUGGCUGCCUUUGCUCCUGAUGAGGAGAGCAAGGCGGAAAUUGUGCGCCUCGGCAGUGAUAAAGACUACUUCCACGAGAAGAUUACCAACCAGUGUUUCAACAUCGCUCAAGCCCUGCAGAGCAUCACGUCCAAGCAAUUCUCCAACGUUCCGUUUUCGCUGCUUAUCGAAGGUCUCAACAAGAUACAGCCUCGUUACUACUCCAUUUCUUCAUCUUCUCUUGUCCAGAAGGACAAGAUCAGUAUUACUGCUGUCGUGGAAUCCGUUCGCUUGCCCGGUGCUACCCAUGUUGUUAAGGGUGUGACGACAAACUAUCUCCUCGCCUUGAAGCAGAAGCAAAACGGUGAUCCUUCUCCUGACCCUCAUGGCCAGACCUACGCUAUCACCGGCCCACGCAACAAGUACGACGGGAUCCAUGUUCCAGUUCAUGUUCGGCACUCCAACUUCAAGCUCCCCUCCGAUCCCUCUCGACCCAUCAUCAUGGUGGGACCCGGCACUGGUGUUGCUCCCUUCCGCGGUUUCAUUCAAGAGCGAGCUGCUUUGGCCGCUCGGGGCGAGAAUGUCGGGCCUACUGUUUUGUUCUUCGGUUGCCGCAACCGUGAGGAAGAUUUCUUGUACAAGGACGAAUGGAAGGUCUUCCAGGAUCAGCUUGGCGACAACCUGAAACUCAUCACCGCAUUUUCUCGUGAAGGAUCGCAGAAGGUUUAUGUUCAGCAUAGACUUCGCGAACACGCAGAGCUUGUCAGCGAUCUUCUCAAGCAAAAGGCGACCUUCUACGUCUGUGGUGACGCUGCAAACAUGGCUCGUGAGGUCAACCUCGUGCUUGGCCAAAUCAUUGCGGCUCAGCGUGGCCUCCCCGCUGAGAAGGGAGAGGAGAUGGUGAAGCACAUGCGAAGCAGCGGCAGCUACCAAGAGGACGUCUGGUCAUGA